AUGGCUGGGACGGGUCGUAUGUCGCUGAAGCGUAAGUUUGUGUCCGCUGGAGUAUUCAAAGCAGAAUUGGACGAAUUUCUCCGUCGUGAACUGGCCGAGGAUGGAUAUAGUGGUGUCAAGGUUCGCUCAAAUGAGCGUCGCACAGAAAUCAUCAUUUCGGCGACUAAGACUCAGGCUGUUCUAGGUGAGCAGUCGCGUAGGAUCAGAGAACUUACCUCUCUCAUCCAGCAGCGGACUCGCGCUACGAAGACUAUUGAGUUGUUCGUAGAAAAGAUGAUGGCUCGCAGUUUGAGUGCAACAACGCAAGCCGAAUCCCUUCGCUACAAGCUUACAGGUGGCCUUCCCGUGAGAAAGGCCUGCUACAGUGUCUUGAGAUUCAUUAUGGAAUCGGGUGCGCGUGGUGCUGAAGUCGUUGUUUCCGGAAAAAUAAAGGGUCAGCGCGCGAAGUCCAUGAAGUUUUCCGACGGAUUAAUGAUUCACUCCGGUGACCCAGUUAACUACUACAUCGAUCGUGCCGUUCGUCAUGUGCGUCUUCCCCAGGGUAUCCUUGGUAUCCGGGUAAAAAUUAUGCUGAACCACGACAGCUCCGGGAACACCGGCCCCAGAAAACCUCUCCCCGACUUUGUCUCUAUACUCACUGCAAAGGAAGAGCCCGUGAUUUCGCAACCCUACUCUGUGUCUGUCCUGCUCUUUAUAGGUCUGAGGGUGGCUCGCCGUGUUCGAAUUCCGUCAAUCACUUUGGGGGUUUCCAGUCUAUUUGUAUUAGGUUUGCAGGGAAUUGAUCCCGGGGCCUUUCACUCGUCGCAGCACAAUUUUGUCUUCGGUUAUGCCUGCGCCUACCUGGCAUUCGAGUGCUGCGCGCUACCGCCUGUCGUUUAUCUUGAGGGCUGCCCAACUAAUCGCCUCUCUCCGCGUCUUUUGAAUCCACCUUCCGGUGCAGUCAUGCGAUUGGUUUGCCCUGAGGCUAUUGACUCAGCGGACUCAGACGUUGUGGUGGUUGUUGGUUGGCGCAAUCUGCGUGGCACGCGCAUUUCCGGAAAAGUCACUUAUCCUGUUAAAUCCCACCUGCUACCCCUAAUGAAUAUACUCAUUUACCCCUCAACAGGCCCAUCAUUGAGAAAUAAGAUAGCAGAGCUGGUAGGCAGCAUGUCGAAUGUAGUAGCUCGCUUGAGGGCGCCGUUUCGCAGGUAG